CCAUCCCUGUCGUCUCUUCCGUAUUGAUUUCCCCAGCAGAGAUUCCACUGAAGAACUGUGGAUUUGAGGUCGCAUAUUUCUGUCUCUAUUCCCUCUGACCUCCUCCAUUGACGCUCAAGCUCGCUUGCGCCGGCCAUCUUCAGCCACCAAUUCCGUCGCACAAUCGCCGCCUGCUACUGUUUCGAAGGCGAUAAAUCAGCUUCAUUGGAUUGAAAUGAAGUUCCAAAGCCUUUGUUCUACAAGAAGUUCCAGUCUCUGUGCGUUUCUCGGAGUUUCGAGCUCUUCUAAUUAUGGAGCUAUGAAGCUUGGAAUCAUUAGAGCGACGACUUCAUUAUCUUUCAGAUCCUCAAGAAUGACUGUUUGCGCGGUUAGUUUCCGCCCUUGUAUUGAUAUUCACAAGGGGAAAGUGAAACAAAUUGUUGGAUCGACUCUCCGAGAUUCAGAGCAGGAGGGAUCAACUCUUCUCACCAAUUUUGAGUCAGAUAAAUCAGCUGCAGAGUAUGCAAACUUGUAUAAACAAGAUGGGCUUACAGGUGGUCAUGCCAUCAUGCUUGGAGCAGAUCCUUUGAGCAUAGCUGCGGCCAUCGAAGCAUUGCAUGCCUAUCCUGGUGGCUUACAAGUUGGGGGUGGGAUAAAUUCAGAAAAUGCUUCUCGUUAUAUCGAAGAAGGAGCUAGCCAUGUCAUUGUUACUUCAUAUGUGUUCAAUAAUGGACAAAUGGAUCUUACAAGGCUUAAAGAUCUUGUUCGUAUUGUUGGGAAGCAAAGGCUUGUGCUGGAUCUUAGUUGUAGGAAAAAGGAAGGUAAAUACGCAAUCGUGACUGAUAGAUGGCAGAAGUUCAGCGAUGUAUUUCUCGAUGAGGAAGUACUGGCUUUUCUGGCUGACUAUGCAGAUGAGUUUUUGGUCCAUGGUGUCGAUGUCGAAGGGAAAAAACUUGGCAUUGAUGAAGAGCUAGUGACAUUGCUUGGCAAGUAUUCAUUGAUUCCUGUCACAUAUGCAGGUGGGGUCACAACAAUGGCCGACUUAGAAAGGAUAAAAGAUGCGGGCAAGGGGCGUGUGGAUGUUACCGUGGGAAGUGCUUUAGAUAUUUUUGGGGGAAAUAUGGCAUACAAGGAUGUUGUUGCAUGGCAUGCCAAGCAAAAGGUCCUAUCCAGGGGAUUACGAUGAAAAAGUCAAGUGAACUCUAAGAGAGGAUAAAUCAUAGCUACAAAAAAGGGGGUUCAAGACUAAGUAAUUGAUAUUCUUAAAAGUCCAUGUCCUGUCUGGAUAACGUUAAGCCAUAGGAUGUUCUUGUCCUUUUUGGGAGGGUGUCCAAUCAUAGUGAUGGAACAAAGGGUCCAAAUGUCGUUUGGUGGAGCCAUAGACCAUCCAAAAGUCUCCUAAAAUGAUAACCCAGAUUGUUCUUGCAAAAGGGCAAUUACUGAAGUGGUGGGAAUCAGUCAUAGAUGCUGAUCUGCACUUAUAACAGUAGCUAGGAGCGUGAUAAAUGGACGAUGAACUUGUUAUUAGAAA